AUGCGCUAUCUAUUGGCGCUUCUAUUGCUAGUGCUACUAGCCGACGCGGCCAGGGUAAGCUCCAUCGAACCACCUCGAGACUGCUCCGAUGCCCCUAACAGCGAUAUCAAGACUUCAUGUCUUUUGAUUCGAACCUUGGACCGACUGACAAGAAGACGACUUGCCAGACAGGCUGCUAGGAAUCGAACACCCACAACACCAUCGCAAAGGCGAGCCGGGCAACAGGGUUCAACACCACGAACACGACAAACAACCCCGCAACAACAGGGGCCACGACGACCUGCGGUGCCUGAAUGGCUGACGCCGAUCCCCGUUCCUCCAAACUCUCGUGGUCAAGUCGCCUAUCACCCAUAUGACUGCAUGACGCUCGGCUGUCUAUGUCCCUUCUUCGCGGGACAAAUGCAAGGAGGUAACUGUGUGCUGUCAAAUGGAGCCAUUCUGACAAUGGCUUACCGCAAAGAAUAUCGUAUGAUGACGGAUGACGAACGUAACCGAUGGCAUCGAGCUUUGGCUACGUUAAAAGCCAACGGAGAGUACGAUCGUAUGAGUAGGCAGCAUUUUGACGUGAGUUCUACCAAUUCUUCUAUCGUUGAAUAG